AUGAGAAACCUCCGCAACCUCAAAAACACAUGCCUCUCCUUCCCCACAGAAUCAUCAUCAUCAUCAUUACAGUCCUCCGCACCUCUCACAGCAACCACAUGGGACGGUCAAUCCCUCCUCCUGGCCUUUGGUCCAACUUCUUCAAGUCCCCAAAUAACACUCAAACGUCUUCCACCACACUCCUGGAAUCCCGCCCAAGCUCUGACAAUAGCAUCCUGGGAUGCUCCUUCUCCAACACCGGACAUUGAAUAUGAUGCCAUCCUCUCCCUGCACACCCUCCCAGACACCGGAUCCAUCUGCCUGGUAUUAGCGGGAGGCGACAUCAUCCUAGUCCGUGAAGAUCCUCAAAAUGGGGAAGAUCUGAUCGAAAUCGUCGGAUCCGUGGAUGCUGGCAUUUCUGCCGUGGCUUGGUCCCCGGAUGAGGAGUUGUUGGUGAUUGCGACCAAGGCGGAAACUCUACUGUUCAUGACGAGAGAGUUUGAGGGUACCGCGACGAUAACUUUGACGGAAGAGGAUCUCAAGGUCAGUAAUCAUGUGGAUGUCGGGUGGGGAAAGAGGGAGACGCAGUUCAAAGGUAGAGGUGCAAAGGCCAUGCGAGAUCCUACCGUCCCAGAACAUGUAGAUGAGGGGAGGCUGAGUGAGUUGGAGGAUGAGCAGAGGACGACGAUCAGUUGGAGAGGCGAUGGGCAGUUUGUGGCGGUCAACAGUGUGAUCGAGGGUGAAGUGCGGAGGCGAAUCAUCCGAGUCUACUCGAGAGAGGGCAUUUUGGAGAGCGUCAGUGAGCCCGUGGAUGGGCUUGAAGCGGCCUUGAGUUGGAAACCUAGCGGGCAGAUCAUUGCCGGGGUCCAAAGACGAGACGAGGGUGUGGACGUUGUGUUUUUCGAGAAGAAUGGACUCCGGCAUGGAGAAUUCAAUCUACGACUGGAAAAGGAGAUGCCGCAAAGCCGCAUUGAUCUCGCUUGGAAUAAUGACUCUUCCGUUCUCGCCAUCUCAAUGAAGGACAGGGUGCAGCUGUGGACCAUGGGCAACUACCACUAUUACCUCAAGCAGGAGAUCUUCGUCGCGGGUGCAGAAUCAGAUUUGAUCAGCAGUCAGUGGCAUCCGGAAAAGGCUCUUCAACUAUCGUGCCAUUCGGGAUCCAACCUCCAAAUGCUGGACUACACUUUCGACGUCGCUCGAGGAUCGGUCGCUCCACCUCACGAUCACGGCGUUGUAGCUGUCAUCGACGGCAAGAAACUCAAGAUUACACCUCUCAGGACUGCAAAUGUGCCUCCUCCAAURGCUUUUGACGAGUUUGAGCUACCCGCCAACGCUUUGGAUGUUGCCAUCAGCCAGCAGGGAACAAAGAUUGCUGUCCUGCAUAGAAAUCGUGUCUCUGUCUGGACCUGCGAUUAUGGCUCCAAACCAGCAAAGCGAGCAUCGUUUGAUUCUGAUAUCCCGCUUGCAUUGGAAGACAGCUCAGCUGCUCGGCAUAUCAUCUUCGAGGGGGAUAACAUCGUCAUGAGCACCUCACAUACUGAUGAACAAGACUCUCAUCUUGCGAGACUCUACGGCCAUGAGUCAAAACUUCAAGCACAAAUAUCCCACCCCUUCCCCUGCACAAAUCACGACAGAAUACUCUACCAAACGACCAAGGGCGCCAUCCACGACCUCACCCCCACACCUUCGAAUCUUCCAAUCGGCAAGCUUCCCACACAAUGUGUGGCCGUCGAACUCUGGCAGAGCGAAGACUACAACAUCUUCGUCGGCCUCACGGCCAGCGGGACACUGCACAUCCAAAGUCCUACCCAAAAUCUCAAGAUUCCUUCAUGCACGUCCUUCCUCGUCACCUCAACCCACCUCAUCUAUACCACUUCCUCCCACCUCCUCAAAUUCAUCCAUCUCCACGCUGGAGGAGAGGAUCUCUCUAUCCCUCCUGACGAGCCCGAAACAGAUGAGCGCUGUCGAACRGUCGAACGGGGUGCGAAACUAGUCACUGUCAUGCCUUCCGCUUAUUCUCUUGUUCUGCAAAUGCCUCGUGGGAAUCUGGAGACGAUUUACCCUCGAGCACUGGUCUUGGCGGGAAUCCGAAAGGCUCUCGAUCAGAGAGAAUACAAAAAGGCUUUCUUGAUCUGCAGGACUCAGAGAGUGGRUAUGAAUAUCCUGCAUGAUUAUGCUCCGGAGCAGUUCAUGCGCGAUGUUGAUGUUUUCGUAAGGCAGUUGAAGAAGACGGAAUAUGUGGAUCUGGCAUUGAGUUCGCUUUCAGAGGAGGACGUGAGUAAGACCAUCUACAAGGAUACGAUCAAGUUGWCUGAAGACUUGGGGCUACCAAAUGGUGCGGACGUGGUAGUGCAGCCCGCCACGACAACAUCCAAAGUCAACCGGAUUUGCGACGCCUUCCUCAAAGUCCUCAUGCCACAACAAGCUACGCACCUCCAGAAUAUCGUCACCGCACACGUCAGCAAGAAUCCUCCGGACCUCUCCGCUGGCUUGACGCUCAUAUCCUCACUCAGGAAAGCUUCGGAUGAAGAUGCGCUAGACCACGCAGUCUCCCACAUUUGCUUCCUCGCGGAUGUCAACGCUCUCUACGAUACCUCUCUAUCCCUCUACGAUCUUGACGUUGCAUUGCUAGUGGCGCAACAGUCGCAGAAAGAUCCGAGAGAAUACCUGCCAUAUCUGCAGAAGCUAAGAGACAUGGAGCCUCUGAGAAGGAAGUUUUCCAUCGAUGAUGAUCUCAAACGCUACCAAAAGGCUUUGGGACACCUCCAUUCCCUGGGCGACUUUGAAGAAGUCAAGGCAUACACCGUGAAACAUGACCUAUACACCACUGCUAUUGACACUUACCGCUACGACACACCUCGACUGACAGAACUCAUGCGGCUAUACGCAGACUUCAACUCCAGCCGAAAUCGCUACAAGGAAGCCGGCGUCGCAUAUGRGUAUAUCGGAGAUUUCGAGUCUGCAUGCGAAGCCUACCGCACAGCUGGAGAAUGGAGGGAAUGUCUUUCCUCCGCUCUCCUCAUCGACCCACCCCUCCCCGCCGAGAAAGUCGCGGAGAUGGCGCAAGAAAUGGCGGAUUCCUUGGAAGAAGCCAAAGACUUCCAAAACGCCGCCACCAUCUAUCUUGAGCAUCUCUCCGAUCUCGAAGGCGCCAUUCGUCUUCUCUGCCGCGCAUACCGUUUCGCCGACGCUAUGCGUCUCAUCGCAUUACAUCGCCGACCCGAACUGCUCACAAGCGCAGUGGACUCCGGACUCGUGGAAGCGUCAGCAUCCAUGACGGAAAUGCUCGCGGAAAUGAAAUCCCAACUCCUCGCACAAAUCCCUCGACUCCGCGAACUGCGCAUCAAGAAAUUACAAGACCCCAUGGCAUUUCUCGACCAAGGCGUUGAUGGAGGAGCGGACAAUAUCCCGGAUAACAUCUCUCUCGCCCCCUCGGCCAUGUCGACGAGCGCGGGGACUUUUAUGACGCGCUAUACGAAUCACAGUUUGGGAACUCUGGCGACGAAUGCCACGAGGAAGACGAGUAAGAAUCGACGGCGCGAGGAGCGGAAGCGGGCGAGGGGCAAGAAGGGGACUGUGUAUGAAGAGGAGUAUCUGGUGAAUUCCGUCGAGAGGUUGGUGGAGAGGUGGAAUUCUGUGGUGGGGGAUUGCGAGGCUUUGGUUGGUGGGUUGAUGAGGAGGGCUAUGAGGGAGCGGGCGCGGGCUGUCGAGAGCGCUAUGGGGGAAGUGCGGGAGGCUUGUGAGGGGUGUCUUGAGGAGGUCUUUGCUGGUGGGGAGGCCGGUGAGGGGAAGGAGGAGGAGGGGGAUGAGAGGAGGAUUGUGGGUGGACAGGGAGUUAUGAUUGAGGCGGAAAUUGAGAGCAGGAAGAGGAAGGUUAGGCCGGUUGUCAAGGGGUUUGAGAAGUGUGGGCUGCUGGGGUAG